AUGGCCAAUGCCAAUAUGAAGAACAAGCAGCUUCCGGCAGCUUCCGCCCGCCGCCCCGCCAGAGAAGGUGGAGAUCAACCGGCGACCACAUCCCCACCCCCCAGGACCCCCUCAGGCGCAAAGACCUCCCUGAUGGCCAGCAAGCUCGCCAGCAGCAGCACGUGUAUGGGUGGCACCAGGUCAGGUUUAUGGCGGUCCCCUGAGCUGGUCAGGAUACACCGCCUGGGUACAUCACCCAGCUUGCUGGCGCCUGGACUAGUGGCACGGUUUUUGGGGGGGGUGUGUGGUGUGGCGGCGGGUGGCUUUGGGGGUGCGGGGGACCCGUGGGCCAGUGAGGAGCGGAACUAUCACAUCUUUUACCAGCUUUGUGCAUCCUCCCACUUACCAGAGUUCCAGGAGCUGAAACUAGGCCGGGCAGAUGACUUCCAUUUUACCAACCAGGGGAAAAACCCCUCCAUUAGCGGGGUGGACGACGCAACAGACAUGACCUCAACCAGGAAGGCAUUCACCGUGAUGGGUGUUGAUGAGAGGCAGCAGAUGGCGCUGUUUAGGGUGCUGGCCGCAGUGCUUCACUUGGGCAACGUGGAGGUCAAGCAACUCCGAGCUGAAAACAGCAGUGUGUCUCCGGAGGACGUAAGCCUCCAAGCUUUCUGUGAUCUGAUGGGGGUGCCUUCGCCAGAGAUGGCCAAGUGGCUCUGUCACCGCAAGUUGAAGAUGGCCACUGAGACCUACAACAAGCCCGUGCCCAAGUCGCAGGCACUGGACGGUCGUGACGCUCUGGCCAAACACAUAUACGCCCGCGUCUUUGAGUGGAUAGUAACGCGUAUCAACACCGCUCUCAAGGCCGCCGGAAAGGAACACUCCUUCAUUGGAGUGCUAGAUAUCUACGGCUUUGAGACGUUUGAAGUGAACAGCUUUGAGCAGUUCUGUAUCAAUUAUGCCAAUGAGAAGCUCCAGCAGCAGUUCAACCUGCAUGUGUUUAAGCUGGAACAAGAGGAGUAUAUGAAAGAAGACAUCCCAUGGAUGCUCAUAGAUUUCCAUGACAACCAGCCUUGCAUCAGUCUGAUUGAGGCGAAGUUGGGCAUCCUUGACCUACUGGACGAAGAAUGCAAAAUGCCUAAAGGGUCUGAUGCAUCGUGGGCCCAGAAGCUGUACAGCAGUCAUGAGAGGAGAAGCAACCACUUCCAGAAGCCACGCAUGUCCAACAGCGCCUUCAUUGUCUUGCACUUUGCAGACAAGGUAGAAUACCAGUGUGAUGGUUUCUUGGAAAAGAACAAAGACACUGUCAACGAGGAGCAGAUCAGCCUCCUCAAGUCUGCUAAGUGUGAGCUGUUGCUGGAGCUUCUGGAAGAGGAGUGUGUUCAUGGUCAAAGUCGCCUGAAGACACCAGCAGCACGCAGUAGCACUCGCAAGAGUGUCGGCCUACAGUUCCGUAACUCUCUGCAGUUACUCAUGGACACUCUGAGUGCCACUGCCGCUCACUAUGUACGAUGCAUCAAACCCAAUGAUUGUAAAGCUGCCUUCACGAUGGACUCAGUGCGCGCGGUGCAGCAACUCCGAGCAUGUGGAGUUCUGGAGACCAUACGUAUCUCAGCAGCUGGAUUCCCCUCCAGAUGGACUUAUCAAGAGUUCUUCACGCGGUACCGUGUUCUCAUGAAGCAGUCUGAUGUGCUUCAGGAUCGGAACCUCACCUGUAAGAAGGUUCUCCCGCGACUGCUUCUGGAUGAGAACAAGUACCAGUUUGGGAAGUCCAAGAUCUUCUUCCGUGCGGGACAGGUGGCCUACCUGGAGAAGGUGCGCUCUGACAAACUGCGAAUGGCUUGCGUGCGUAUCCAGAAGACUAUUCGCGGUUGGCUGGCGCGCACAAAGUACGUUGCCAUGCGGAGGGCAGCCAUCACCAUCCAGAGAUACGCCAGGGGCCUGCUGGCACGCCGUCUGGCCUCGUCCAUGCGUAAGUCUCGGGCAGCGCUGAUCAUCCAAACGCACCUGCGCAUGUGGAUAGCCCGCAGGAACUACCAGCGACAGAGAGAGGGCGCUCUACUGCUCCAACGCCUUUACAGGGCAUACGCUGCCAGACAGGAGUACCAACGAGCGUGUAACGAGCGUAAGGUGCGUCUGCUGCAGCGCUGGGUCAAAGGCUGGCGUGCCCGCGUGUGGUACCGGCGCGUGCGUGCUGCGGUGGUGCUGCUGCAAUGCUGCGUGCGGAGGAUGCUGGCGCGGCGGGAGCUCAAGCAGCUACGCGUGGAGGCGCGCUCUGUGGAGCACUUCAAGAAGCUCAACGUGGGCAUGGAGAACAAGAUCAUGCAGCUGCAGCGCAGGCUUGACGAGCAGCACAAAGAAAAUCGUUUGCUGAUGGAGAAGUUGACUGCGCUGGAAACUAGCCAUGCCGCCGAACAGGAGCGUCUGAUUGGACAGUUGGAACGGCUUAAAGGGGUGGAGGAGGUGGGCAGGAGCCAGUCGGAACGUUUGGUAUGUAUGGAGGCGGAGCUGUUGUCUAGCAAGCAGGAAGUGGAGCGGCUUAACCAGCAGCAACAGGAGCAGCAGCAGAAGGCUCAAGAGGAGCGGGAGACUUGGGAGCAGCGCGUUGCUGAGCUAAACGAGCUGAAUGUUCUCCUGAAGAGUGAAAAGGAGAAGAUGAAUAACCUCAUCCUAGAGCAGCAGCAGGGGAUGGAGGAGCAGCAGGAGGCUCAUGAAGAGAGCGCUAAGCGGCUCCAGGUGGAGCUGAAUGAGGAGAGGAGCCGCUACCAGAACCUACUGUCAGAACACCACGAACUGGAGGAACGCCACGGUGACCUGAAGAAACAGCAGGGUUUGACCAAAGGGUCUGAUCAGAGGAAGGGGUCUGUCUGCAGCCUGACUGAUGUGUCUGAGGUGGGCAGCAGCAGUGGAGGAUAUGGAGUCCAAGAGGUGAGCUCUACUACUGGUGGGGACAUGUCUUUGCUGAUGUCACUGCAGAGGAAGGUGGCAGAUCUGGAGAAAGACAAACACACGCUGCAGAAUGAGCUGGACAGCAAGGAGGAGCUGCUCCUCAGUAGCAAGGCCAAGGAUGAAGAGGAGUUGAAGAGGACUCUGCUGGCAGAGCUUGACCAGGAAGCCUUAAAGCGUCAGGAGCUGGAUUCUGCCAACAGGAAGCUGAAGCGGGAGUUGACUGAGCUCCGAGAGGCUCUCAGUAAAUCGUCCGAGUCGGACGCGGCUUCCCCCGGGUCGCCGGCCUAUCAGGUAGUGCUGGAGCAGCUCAGCGCAGCCAAUGAGGAGCUAGAGCUACGUAAGGAGGAAGUGCUUAUACUGCGUUCGCAACUGUUUGCACCAGAGAACCUGUACAGUCAGGAUACGGAUGGGGAGUCUGCCAACAGCAGCAGGUCUCCAACUUUAGACCCCCAUGAAUUGAAUGAGGAUGGCGAGUUGUGGAUGGCAUAUCAAGGACUGAAGGAUACCAACAGGCUUCUGUUGUCUCAGCUUCAGAAUGUGACGAAGGAGCACUCCACUCUGACAGAAGAGGUUGCUAGUCUGCGGUCUGGCCUGCAGAGGGCAGCAGAGGAGCGCGAGCGGCAGCAGAAACUGCUGAAAGAGACUCUCCACCUCCCGCAGGACGCACGCAUCCCCGCCAGCCUGCAGCACGAGAUCAAACGCCUCACCACACACAACCUGGAGCUGAUGGAGCGCACAGAGAAACAACAGGGGUCGCUACGGCAACUCAAGAAGCAGCUGAAGGCCUACAUGAGGAAGGCAGGAGACACAGGAGAGGUGGUAGAAAACUCUGUGGAGGUGGUGUCUUCUCUCCCGCGUCGGGAACAACAGCGCAGUGGCAUGCUGGUCUGUAAGAAAGACGACCACCACAAGCUACUGAAAACUCUCAUUACAGCUGCGCUGCUGUCGCUCUCAACGCAGGUUCAAACGCAAAACGGAUAG